AUGGAAGACCCCCCUUUGGAAAAGCCAUUGGUAGAACAUGCUUCGCUUGUUGAAGAUCCCGAUAAGGGAUUGAGUGAUGAGGAAAGGGCAGCUAUUGACCGUAAACUGCUUCUCAAGUUAGACCUCCGUUUGAUCCCCUGGCUUUCCCUGCUAUACCUUGCCGCCUUUCUUGACCGCACCAAUGUCGGAAAUGCAAAAAUCGAGGGUCUCCAAGAGGCGUUGAAGAUGAGUAACAACCAGUACAACUCGUCGCUCACGAUCUUCUUCGUCUCUUACUCUGUUUUUGAGCCGUUAACAAAUGUACUGCUCAAGCGUACCAAACCGAAAAUUUUUAUUUCGGUGAUAAUUAUUGUCUGGGGAAUUUGUAUGACUACAAUGGGUCUCGUUCAUAAUUUUGCUGGACUCAUGGCAACUCGUUGGUUUCUCGGACUCGCCGAAGCCGGCCUUUUUCCUGGCAUCAGCUACUAUCUCUCAUGCUGGUACAAACGAUCUGAAUUCGGGAUCCGCAUGGCGAUUUUCUUUUCUGCCGCCGCGCUCGCCGGUUCAUUUGGUGGUCUGCUAGCAGCUGCAAUCUCCAACAUGGACGGAAUAGGCGGGAAGGCUGGCUGGUCGUGGAUUUUCAUUCUCGAGGGUCUUGCGACUAUAGUCUUGGGUCUUUUGUCCUUUUGGCUCGUGGUUGAUUUCCCGGAUAAUGCAACUUUUCUCUCUGACGCUGACCGGAAACGUGUCUUGCGACGUUUAGCUCUGGACCAGCAGGCCAGCGCGCAUCAUGAGGAGUGGAAGUCAUCGUAUUUGUGGGCUAGUUUGAAGGAUUGGAAGACAUACAUGGGCGCAGUUAUCUACAUGGGAUGCGAUGGGCCAUUGUACGCGUUUUCGCUAUUUAUUCCGACCAUUAUUAAGGAAUUGGGCUAUUCAUCAACUCGGGCACAACUUCUCACCGUACCACCGUACGCCGUAGCCGCGAUUCUGACCAUUACCAUCGGAUAUAUCGGAGAUCGCACGCGGGCGCGAGGCCUAUGCAAUAUCGGCAUCUCAGUCAUUGGUAUUGUCGGGUUCUGUAUGCUUCUCGGUGCGAAGACCGCUGGAACGCGGUAUGCUGGUACUUUUCUGGGUGCGAUGGGGAUUUAUCCAUGUAUCGCCAACACGAUUUCCUGGACGAGCAACAACAUAGAGGGAGUCUACAAACGCGGAGUCACUCUGGGCAUAAUGAUUGGCUGGGGAAAUCUGAAUGGAAUCGUCUCGUCGAAUAUCUACCGCGCCGAGGAUGCACCAAACUAUUACCCCGGUCACGGCACCGUUCUUGCGUAUCUUGCUCUGUUUCUUCUCGGCGGAUCCAUCCUGCAGACCAUUCUUCUGCGGACUGAAAACCGGAAGCGUCGAAAUGGAGAGCGUGAUUCUCGUGUCGAUGGGCUGAGUCGGGAGGAGAUCGAGGAGUUGGGCGACCAGAAGCCGGAUUUUAUUUACACUACCUAG